AUGGCCACCAUGGAGGGGACCGAUAUGGCCAACCCCCCAGAGUUUCGUUACUAUUUUGCUGUGCCGGCGGUACACCCCAUGCCGGCCUACGGGGCACGUGUGAGUGAAAUGAUGGCCACCAUGGAGGGGACCGAUAGUGCCACCCGCCCCCCCACAGAGUUUCGUUAUUAUUUUGGGGGUGUUGCUUAUAGUCUCCCGGCCGAAGCCCCGGGGACAGAGCGGGAAGCCGGGACCACGCUCCGCCACAAGCUGACGGCCCUCGCCUACCACAACCCCGCCGGCUUCAGCGGCAAAGAUGAGACAGAAUUCAGAAACUUUCUUGUUUGGCUUGGAGACCAGAAGAUCCGACACUACAAGAUUGAAGGCAGAGGUAACUUAGGAAAUCACAGCAGUGACUCGCCCCGGUCCUCUGCACAGUAUCUCCCAGACGUUAGCUGUCCUUUCAAGAUUCAAGCUCGACAAGAAGCAGUCGACUGGCCUCCUGGUUUCGCCGUUCGGCUUGAAUAUGGAGACAACGCUGAGAAGGACUCGGUAUCUCAUGAUACAAAACAUGCUGACGGUGCAGCUAAAGCUGCAGAGCCAUUGACCAAUCUGGAUGUUAAUAGUCCCGCUUUUAAGGCUGGUGCAAUGGCUCUGGCCAGCCCGCUUCAGAUCCAGCGUCACGGUGGUGGCCUGCAAUGCUUAGUGAAGGCAAUACGCAGCUUGGUCCAGGACCGCCUGACCCGGGACGCAGUUGCUGAAGCCAAGCAAGCGAAAGCGGGAUCGCCUGUUGCUUUAGACGAGCACGUUCGUGGUUUGGACGCGGGAGAUGCAGUUCGUAACGAAGCUGCUCACAUCCCGCGCGAUGGCGGCAUAGGGAAGAGCUCGGAGAGCUGGUGGAGCCACAGCAGCUGCUCAGGCAGUCGCUAUGGCCCCCGGGACAGGCCACAGACAGGAGAGCACACAGCCCUGAGGGCAGACACGGCUGCCAAGCGGGACUCUUUCACGCGUAAAACGCGGCUUUCGGAGCCUCCGUGGCAGGCGGCCGCGCGAGGGGCUCCAGGAAGGAGCCCUCAGGAGAGCGAGAUCCACGCAGACAGCCACGUGCCCACCUGUGCCCGCCUGUGCCCGCCUGUGCCGACAAAGCUCGGCUCCUCGCGGGAGAUGAAGCUGCAGGAGUUCCCGCGUGGACGUCCCCACAGCUCCUCCCCUGAAGCUCCUCCCCUGAAGCUCCUCCUCCCUGAAGCUCCUCCCCUUGAAGCUCCUCCCCUGAAGCUCCUCCCCCGAAGCUCCUCCUCCCUGAAGCUCCUCCCCUUGAAGCUCCUCCCCUCUAAAGCUCCUCCCCCCUGA